CCCAUCAUUGGUAUCAGUGGCAGGAAUUGCGCCCCAUCAUUGGUGUCAGUGGGAGGAAUAGCGCCCCAUCAUUGGUAUCAGUGGCAGGAAUUGCGCCCCAUCAUUGGUGUCAGUGGGAGGAAUUGCGCCCCAUCAUUGGUAUCAGUGGGGAGAAUAGUGCCCAUCAUUGGUGUCAGUGGGGAGAAUAGUGCCCCAUCAUUGGUGUCAUGGGGAGAAUAGUGCCCCGUCGGUGGUGUCAGUGGGAGGAAUAGUGCCCCAUCAUUGGUAUCAGUGGGAGGAAUAGUGCCCCAUCAUUGGUAUCAGUGGGGAGAAUAGUGCCCCAUCAUUGGUGUCAGUGGGGAGGAGGAAUAGUGCCCCAUCAUUGGUAUCAGUGGGGAGGA